GUUAAAUUAAAACAGCAGAACAUACACAAUGGAGGAGUAUGAAAAAAUGGAACAACCACAUGUUUUAAAUUUCAAUGACAUAAAACAGGCAAUAGAGAACAUAGAAGGGAGUGUAAUACAUACCCCACUGUGUGAGGCAAAAAUAAGUAAAUACAUGGAUUACAAUCUUUACCUCAAAUGCGAAAAUCUGCAAUAUACAGGAAGUGUGGCAGAGCGUGGUGUCCGCAACGCCUUCUGUUGUUCAGAGUUCGCGGCCAAACGAGGAGUGGUCGUCCCUUCGAGCGGCAGCAUGGCUCUGGCAGCCGCCUACCACGGCAGGGCACUCGGUGUUCCGGUAAUGGUGAUACUCCCCGAGCGCACGCCGCCGGCGCUCGUGCAUCGCUGCUCGGAGCUCGGUGCGGACGUGGUCUUGUUCGGAGAAAAUGUCCAAGAGGCGACCGACUACGCACAAAAAGUUGCUGACGACAGCCAUCGGAUAAUAUUGAGAUCAGACGACCCCGAAGUGAUGGCAGGCCUAGGCACUGUGGGCGUGGAGAUAGUGACGCAGCUCCCGGAGCUGGACGCGGUGAUCGUGCCCGCGGCGAGCGGCGGGCUCCUCGCGGCCGUGCUCGUCGCUUGCAAGAAGCUAAAGUGCUCCUGUCUUGUUUACGGAGCGGAAUGCGCUAAAGUUCCGAAGAUGAUGAAGGCGCUACAGGCCGGGACCCCAGUGAAUGUGCCGGUCGUGCCCAACCUGGCUGAUGGGCUUAACGCUUCUUCUGCGGGCUCUAACGCCUUUGCCACUAUCAAGGGCAAACUGGAUAGAAUGCUGGUAGUGGAAGAAUCGUUCAUCGCUCAGGCCAUGGUGAGCGUGCUGGAGCGCGAGCGGCUGGUGGCGGACGGCGCGGGGGUCUGCGCCGUGGCCGCCGUCAUGCAGGGGCUCGUACCCGAGCUGAGAGGGAAACGGGCUGUGUGCGUGAUAAGUGGCGGCAACAUAGACUGCGGGCGCCUCUCGCGCAGCAUACAGCGCGGCCUGGGCGCGAGCGGUAGACUCCUUCGCUUUUCCAUCCCCGUGGCUGACCACCGCAACGGGCUGGCGCACCUCGCUAAGGUGGUGUCCGAGCAGAACGUUGUGCUGAAGAGCAUGGUCACUGAUCAGAUGCCUGUGCAUUGUGAUGUUGGUACUACUUGGGCCAAUGUGGUGGUCGAGACGGGAAGUGACGAGCAGGCGGCAAUUUUCAAGGACCAGCUCAGGGACGUGUACCCGCGAGCGAGGUUUACCAUUAGCGACCUAGACGACAAACACAAACGUUCGUGUCGGUAGUUAGUCUUUCAAACUACACAUUACGACCUUCUCAAGUAUAAGGUCCAACACUGUCGCUUACCUGAAGGACAAAGUUUGGUCGGAUCUUUAUACAUUAUUAGUCCUUGGGAAUUGUAUGGUAGGUACCUUUGCUUGAGAUCGGCACACAAAUUUGCAUUUUAACCCUUUUCCAGACUACGAUCGGUUUACUGAGCAUAACAUACACGCAACUCGAGCAAGUAUAAUUUUAUUGAAACUUUAUCAUGUCAAUACUAAUUAAGGUUUGAAAUUAGAUUGUAUUUUCGGGAAAUGUUACUCUUCUACAAAUGAAGCAACAAAAUGGGUUAAUUGGAAUAUAACUUUUUUUGUUAUGUAGUUUGGUGCAGCCUGGAAAAAGGUUAUCUUAUUAUUUAAUCUCUAUUAGAUUUUUUUUGUGAGAGUUUAUUUAUCAUAUUCGUAACUAAAUUUUUCUACUGUGGU